AUGGCAACCAUCGAAGUGAAAUGGCAAGGACGACGCUUCAACGUUGAGUUUGAUGACAGCGAACUUGAAACAGCUACUGUGCAUGACUUGAAAGACAAGUGUCAAAAGAUCACCAACAUUGAGCCUUCGCGCAUGAAGCUGCUGGCUUAUGGAGCCGUUAUGAAGAAUGAUUCUCUUUCGCUCAACACCUAUGGUAUUCGCAGUGGAUCCAAGGUUAUUCUUAUGGCAACACCAGCUGCAGAUGCUGCUGCCAAUGUGGAUUCGACUUCUGCCAAGAGCCAAGAAGAUCAAGUGUUGUCAAGGAUACAAGCGGCCACGUCCAAGCUCACUGAAGAGAUUGUACCUGACAUUGAUGCCUAUGAACAACGUGUCAAGGAGUACAUGUCUGCUGGAGGAGGAGGAGCAAGUGAUGCCAAGGAUCCCAAGCAACAAAGAAAACUCGUUGAUUAUGGCACAUGGUUGAAUGAGCAAUUGAUGCACAUCCUAUUUGAUUUUGAUGGUAUUCUAUGUGAUUCAUCGUUUGAAAAAGCACGUCAGCAGCGCAAGAGUGGUGUUCAUCAAUGCCAAGCAUUAUUAGAAAGAGUAGAUAACAUCAAAGCGCUCAUCAAGAGCCAUUUAUAA